UUUAGGGGUAUCUUUUGUAAUCUGUGAUUCGUUGUUCCUUGCCUUUUUGGCUUAUCUACCUUUUUAUAUAUAUAUAUAUAAAUAAGUGUGUAUAUAUAUGUAUAUAAAUACAAAAUUCAUGUCAAGUAAUUUUGAAUGAAUGGAAUGGGUUCCAAUCCUGAGAAUGAUUCCAAAGAAGAUGGAAAUUAUAUUGAGGCAGAGGGAAAAGUUAAAAAUAAAUUACUGUCUAUGUGGAAUAACGUUAAAUAUGACUUUUCAGGUAUGAAACUACGUAGCAAUUUCUCCAAAGAAUCUCCAGUUUGGUUACUAGGAAAGUGUUAUAGAAGGGUUGAAAGCCCUUCGUCGGAUAUCACAGAAUUAGGAACAGACGUGGCUGCCUUUCAUAGUCAAGGAGAUCUUGUUACUGGUGAUGAUGAAAAUUUUGAAGCUUUCAAGAAAGACUUUUUUAGUAGAUUAUGGCUCACAUAUCGUAGAGAAUUUCCCAUUCUGAAUGGUUCCAAUUUAAGUAGCGACUGUGGCUGGGGUUGCAUGCUGAGAAGUGGUCAAAUGCUUAUGGCUCAAGCUUUAGUUUGUCAUUUUUUAGGAAGAACUUGGAGGUGGGAUCCUGAUGGCACUCCAGGCAAUCGUGAAGAAUUUAUUGAAUCUGUGAAUCACCGAAAAAUAAUCAAAUGGUUUGGGGAUAAACCAUCAAAAAACAGUCCAUUAUCUAUCCAUACUCUAGUCACUUUGGGUGAAGAAUCUGGAAAAAAAGCGGGUGAUUGGUAUGGACCUGGAUUCGUUGCUCAUUUGUUGAAAAAGGCCGUGAAAUUAGCUUCAGAAGAAAAUUAUGAGUUUGAUUGCCUCAAUGUUUUUGUUGCAGAAAAUUGUACAGUCUAUAUUGGAGAUGUCCUUCAAGAUAGCGAAGAUGCUGAAGGAAAGUGGAAACCUCUGAUACUUUUGGUUCCUGUUCGUUUAGGAUUGGAGAAAUUCAACUCAGUUUAUGCACCUUCUUUGACAGCAUUAUUCAGUUUGAAGCAAGGAAUAGGUAUUAUAGGUGGAAGACCAAAGCACUCUAUGUACUUCAUCGGAUUUCAAGAUGAUAAAUUGAUUCAUUUGGACCCUCACUAUUGCCAAGAAAUGGUAGAUGUCUGGGCUCCCGACUUUCCACUUGGCAGUUUCCAUUGUAGAUCUCCUAGAAAAUUGCAUAUCAGCAAGAUGGACCCAUCGUGUUGUAUAGGUUUCUAUUGUUCUAGUAAAGAGGACUUUUUCAAUCUCAUUGAUACUGUUCAAUCACUUAUUGUUCCUUCAGGGAAAUCAAAUACUCUAGGAAAUGAAUAUCCACUUUUCAUAUUCGAUAGAGGAUUUAGUCGAGAUUCAUCUUUUUCUCCACAAAGGUUACCUCCCAAAGACUUCGAAUAUUCGAUUAGCAGCAGUGAUAUAGAUAUUGAAGAACAUUUCAAUUUGAUUUAAUCGGAAAUAUAUAAAAAAUUUGGAUUUUUCUGCAUUGGGCAGAAAGAGAAAUCCACUGUUUGCAGGACAAAUGCAGAUGAUUCAUCAGAUCAUUUGAUCUGCUCAGCAGCAUUCAAAAGUAAAGAAUUUGAAGCUUUUGUUUUAAAUUGUGAUUUAUAAUCCUUGUUUGGGGUUAUUCUGUAGAAUGAUUUUUUUACAUUCUCAAUGAAACAUACAUUUACCAACUGAUAAUAUUUAUUAAUUGCAAGUUCAAUGAAUAAAAUUUCUCUAAUUUUGAUUCUUCGAAAUAAUUAUGGAACUGGAAUUUUUGUGAUUUUUAUGUUGAAUAUAAAUAUUACACAAAAGAAA